CAAGAGGAAGAAUACAAAGCGGGAGGGGACGUCGACCUCAGGAAGACCCACCCAGCAGUAGUGGCGAGCCACAUCUCCGAUGCGCAUCGCCUUUCCUUCCCUCUUUCCCACCCUCCUCCUCUUAUCCCCCGAAGCAGAGGAAAGCCGGCGAGCGAGCUCUCCGUGCUCUGCGUAGCAGGUUCGAUCCAUCGAUCGCCGGUGCAAGGCUAGCUGCCCAGCAAGCGGCGUGAUCUGGCUUUGAUCGGCCGGCGACCCCCAUGGCGUCCAUCGUGGUGAUCGGCCUGGUGCUGCUCCUCGACAUCCUCGCCUUCGUCCUCGCCAUCGGCGCCGAGCGCCGCCGGAGCACGGCGCAACUCGGCGAGGCCGAGCCUGGCGGCAGGCGGUACUGCGUGUACGACACGGACGCGUCCACCUGGUACGGCGUCAGCGCGCUCGCCCUGCUGCUGGUCGGCCAGGCCGUGGCCAUGGCCGCCAGCCGCUGCUUCUGCUGCGGCCGCGCGCUCUCCCCCGGCCGCUGGCGCUUCUUCUCCGGCCUCUUCUUCGUCCUCUGCUGGCUGACGUUCAUGAUCGCGGAGGUGUGCCUGCUGGCGGGGUCGGUGCGGAACGCGUACCACACCAAGUACGUGAGCGGCUACUACAACGAAGGGGCGCUCCCCUGCGCCAUGCUGCGCAGGGGCGUCUUCGCCGCCGGCGCCGCCUUCGCCUUCCUCACCACGCUCUUCGUCAUGCUCCACUACGUCUUCUACUCCAAGGCCCGCGCCGCGCCCCCGCCCAUCAUCAACGGCGGCGGCAUCGGCAUGACCCGCAUCUGAUCCCUGCGGCUUGCUAUGAUCGUGGAGCGAUGUCUGUUCGUGUCGUGUGUUGUAGGUUAAGUGUGGGGUGAAUGUGUGGCUCUGCUCUGUGUGCCGAGAACAGUGUGCGUCAUUGAUAGUGUUAGUGAACAGCUGAAUAGAUCAUGUGGGAUUGUGGAGUGUGCGUAGAAGAGAUCGGUCUGUUUGUCUAAGUAUUUUACAUUCAUGCGCCUUA